AUGCGCAGUCACACACAACCAAACACGUGUUGGAAGCGGCGGUAGUUCAGCUCGUCCAGCUUAAACAGCUCAGUUCAGUCGCGAGUUUUUGUAUCGUGUUUUGUGAGUGUUUUUUCAGCUUUUAGCUUAAAGUAAUCGUUGUUUGUCCUCCGUGAAGCAUUCGCCGAGAGGACUCGAAUACGUCAUCAAUCAUGAGUGAAACUGAGGUGAAUCCCAAAGCCUAUCCUUUGGCUGAUGCCACUCUGAGCAAAACUAUUCUGGACCUUGUUCAGCAGGCAUCGAACUACAAACAACUGCGCAAAGGAGCCAAUGAAUCCACCAAAACUCUGAACCGAGGAAUUUCAGAGUUUAUCGUCAUGGCUGCUGAUGCCGAACCACUGGAGAUCAUCCUGCAUCUUCCACUGCUAUGUGAGGACAAGAACGUGCCUUAUGUCUUUGUGAGGUCAAAGCAAGCCCUUGGACGGGCAUGUGGGGUGUCGAGACCUAUCAUUGCUACAUCCGUCACCAUUAAGGAAGGAUCACAGCUGAAACCUCAAAUUCAGUCUGUGCAGAUGGCUAUUGAGAGACUAUUGGUCUGAGCAUGUUGUGAUUUUAUAUCUUCAUAUGUUUUUGUGUAAGUUUUAAACUGUUUCUGUACAUCUAUACAGAAAUCAUAUGGGUUUUAUUGUAAUGUGAUAUAGGAGUUAAUUUUCUAACAUGUAAGUAAUGCUGAGUUACAACAACCAAAAUAAAUUUUGGUUAUUUGUAAA